CAGGGAGCUGAGGCAGCUUCUUCCUGGGCCUCUGGGCCGUGACUGAUGGAGCCAGCUCAGGGGUGGGGAGAAGGAAUCAGGAUGUCCUCAUAUUUCCUUCCUUAUCUGCAGUCACUCCAGGUGGCUCUUGAUGAAAUUCCUCAGUUGUCACUGCUUGGGAGGCCCCCUGCGUGCCUGAAGAAGGCAUGUGCCGGGGAGCAGCGUGGCUGGGUCCUGAGGAGAGCAGAAGUUCCAGGGAAAGAACUGAGCCCGGAGGGGGAGGGUUCAAAGUUGGGUGUAAGGGUGGGGGAGGUUCAGUGGACUAGCUGAGACUGUCCUAGUUGCAUCCCAGGUAUUCAAAGUGAGCAACUACCCCCCCCCCCCGCCCCCCGCCCAGCGUCCUGCCUCCUGGCCCAUGUAAUUACACUGCUUCCCCACGCGUGCUUUGCUCCCAUUCCUUGGCUUCCAAUGGCUUGGUGGAAGUCUCUGUGAUUAUGGAGAUGAUGCAUGGGUAUUGAUUCCUGCAGGGUGUGUAUGGAGGAGCACCUGAAAACAAAGGUGGGGUGAUCAAGGUUGGGGUCAUCGAUAGAGCCAGGGUGGCUGGGUCCUGAGCUGGGGGACUGAAAUGAGGGACGCCAGCCUCAGAGAUUACACAUCAGCCAUGGCCUUCCAAACAGGUUUGACCAGUUAGGUUCUGAUGAGAUUCCUUGUGUCACUGGGCUGGCCCCUCCCCAGAGAUUGGCCUCCUCCUCUCCCUCCUCUCAUAUAAAGCCUCUUGGGGUUCCCAGUUACCCAGACUCAGCCCACCCCCAACUUUGGGGGUUCAGGAGACAGCCAUGAUGCUCAACUGGAAGCUACUGGGGGUCCUGGUCCUUUGCCUGUAUGCCGGAGGCAUCUCGGGCAGCGGAGACCACCCCUCUCUCCCACACACCGAGGCCCGAGAGGAGGAGGGCUCCCCACCAUUGCCUCAUGGCCCCCCAAUCCCCGGUGACCCCUGGCCAGGGGUACCCCCUGUCUUUGAGGACCCCCCACCUCCAGAACCCAAUCAUCCCUGGAGAGACCUGCCUGAAUCUGGAGUCUGGCCUCCUCAGCCGCCUACAAACGAUCCCCCUCAACCUCCCCGGCCAGAUGACCCCUGGCCGGCAGGACCGCAGCCUCCAGAAAACCCCUGGCCUCCUGCCCCUGAGGUGGACCACAGAUCUCUGGAGGAGCCAGACCUUGACCCACCCCGGGAAGAGUACAGAUAAGGGGAUUCCCUAGAGGCGUCCUGGGCCUCCAGGCAGAGUGUACCCAAGCCCAUCUCUACCCUUCUGAUUCCCCUGAAUUCUCCCCAAUUUAGCCUGACUCCUUAUUCCCUUCCUCAUUCUUUCAAUUUUAUUCUGAACCCUGAAGGUGUCAUUCCCAAUAUUUUCUGCCCCCUCUUGAGAUCCAUACUCAGUCCUCACAUUUCCCCUCCUUUUUUCUCUGAGAGCUGAAGCACACAGCUCUACCUCGUGUUCAGUCCUCUCCCUGCUACCAGCCUCCCACCUCCUCUUCCCCAUACCUGGGACUCCUGGGGCAGUGCGGGCGGCACUGUGUUCUCUGCUGCCACCUGGUGGCCUAUGAUGGGAACUAUCUGGAGACAAAGAUGGUGCUUCCAUGAAAUGGAAAAAUAAAA